GUGAUGGUGUGUACCUCUAUCUCUUUCAUCAUCCUCAGAAGAAGGGAACCCAAUACAGUGACAGCAAGAUGAAUCGUUUACGGCGAGUCUUCGCUCCCCGAGAUCGUUACGAACCAAUAGCCACCGGCGAUGUCAACGCAGGUGAUGCUGAUGCCAGAUUAGCGAGGAGUAAGAAGAGCCCAGCAGGUGCUCCCUUCUCCCGAUUCGAAUACUCCGUGUUCCUAUUACUCGGGGUGUCAAUGCUUUGGGCAUGGAAUAUGUUCCUUGCGGCAGCACCAUACUUCUCUCGUCGUUUCCAAUCCAAUGACUGGGCCGCAAACCACUACCAAUCGUCUAUCCUUUCCGUAUCGACUGUCACCAAUCUGGGCUCUGUCUUCAUCCUGGCGAAGUUGCAGAAAGAUGCAUCUUAUCCUCGACGAAUUCUCGUUUCAUUGAUCAUUAAUAUCGUUGUUUUCAGUCUCUUGGCAUUCUCUACAAUUAUCGUGAAUGCCGUCUCCGUGGGCGUAUACUUUGUGUUCCUGAUGCUCAUGGUCUUCGGGACUAGUCUAGCCACGGGGAUUAACCAGAACGGCGUGUUUGCCUACGUUUCCAUAUUUGGGAGGGAGGAAUAUACCCAGGCCAUUAUGGCCGGACAAGGUGUCGCAGGCGUGCUACCGUGCAUUGUGCAGAUCCUAUCUGUGUUGGCCGUUCCGGAGGAUGGAAAUGGCAAUGAUGGCCAGGGAAACAAUAACGAUGAUGGUCCACCUAAGCCACCAACAGAAUCACCCAUAUCGGCAUUCAUCUACUUUAUGACCGCCACGAUUAUUUUAGUACUCACGCUGUUUGCAUUCUUGCAUCUCUUGAAACGGACAUCUCAUUUGAUGGAUGGAAAACUUCACGACGUCUCCCCAGAGGAGCAACAACUCACCUUCGAGAACCAUACCCACGAUGAUGAGAAUGGCAUAGACACCACUCGUGUUCACAAAUCAAUCCCCCUCGCAACCCUGUUCCGAAAGCUCCGCUGGCUCGCACUCGCAGUCUUUACCUGUUUUGCAGUGACAAUGGUCUUCCCUGUCUUCACGGCAAAGAUCCAGUCCGUCCAUGCUUCAACAAAGUCCCGACUCUUCGACUCAUCGGUCUUCAUCCCCCUCGCUUUCCUCCUCUGGAAUCUAGGCGAUCUUCUUGGUAGAGUCGUUGUUGCUGUACCUUCAUUAUCCCUGUCCCAUCGUCGUCCCGGACUUGUCUUUGCACUCUCUGUCUCCCGGUUCGUCUUCAUUCCACUGUAUCUUCUCUGCAAUAUUCGUGGGAUGGGAGCAGUUGUUGAAAGCGAUUUCUUCUACCUGUUUAUUGUGCAAUUGCUAUUUGGAUUGACGAAUGGGUACAUUGGCAGCUCUUGCAUGAUGGGUGCUGCAUCGUGGGUUGAUGAGGAUGAGAGGGAGGCAGCCGGAGGAUUUAUGAGUUUGAUGCUUGUCGCUGGGUUGACAGUGGGUAGCCUGGGGAGCUUCCUUGUCAGUGGUUUAUAAGAUUCCUGCUUCAGUAUAAUAGCAUAUUCAUGGACAUACAUAGUGGGCAUCUGUACACGGUCGUGAUCUUCGAUUAUAUGAACCAAAGCAUUUAUUGCAUGAGCAUUGUCAGUGAAAUAUAAGACAGCCU